AUAAAUCGUGUACUUUUUGGUUUAAUUACUUUGCACAUUUUUUACACUGAUGGACAGCUACAUCAUACACUGUAAUACAGAUAAUUUUUGAUUUCCCAUCUGUGUGGCUCAUUAAUGAUCCUUUAUUAUCAGUCUAAAAAUGUUUUCAUUAUUUUUCUUUUGUAAAGAAAAAAAAAAAGGCAGUUCAUAGUUGUACAAAGGACAUUUUGAUAUCUUUAAAGUACAGCUGGCUCUGGCUCUGCCCCGAUAUGGCAUUUAACUAGAAAAAGGGAUGAAUAAAUAAAGUGCUGUGUGAGCAUGUUCAUCUCUGACUUCCCCUCUGGUGUGUGUGGUCGAGGUUUCAUCUAAAGCUCAGUGAUGUUUCCGCUCACAGUAAGAGAUAUUGAAUGAUCACAGUUACAGAAGAUAUUCAUCUGGAUCACAAGAUGAAGAUCAUCCAGCUUCAGAUAUGUCUGUUCAUGUGGUCUCAAGUCACAGAGAGUUUAACAAACACAGCAGUAACUUUAGGAGAUGAUGUGAUUAUAAGCUGUGAACUUGAUAUAGAGGAGAUUUACUGGUUCAGACAGAAAUCACCGGAUCCUCCAGAGUUGAUCUUACGCACUUUCAGUAGCAUAGAAGGAGCAGCUCAAUAUGAAAACAUAAUAUUCAAACUCAUAUACUCAGUGAAAACUAACAGUAGUCUGUUCAUCAGAAAUAUCACCGCUGAGGAAUUAGGAGUUUAUUAUUGUGUGAAAACUAGUGAACCACAAAAAUUCAGCAACGGCACCAAAAUCAACAUCAGCGAAUCAAAUGAUGCUCUAGAACAGGAGACACCAUGGAGAAUCCUGACCAUCAUCACUUCUGUCCUGCUGAAUGUGCUUCUGAUCACGGCAUUGAUAGGUUUGGGAAAGAAAUAUCUUCAGGCAAGAAGAUUUAAAAAUAAUUCAGAGAACCCCCAAAGUACCACAGUAGCUCAGUACUCUACCGAUUCAAUGUAUGCUAUGGUUGAUUUCUCCACGCACCCCCGAGAAAACAGGUCUUGCCCGGAGCAGGCCAUCUACUCUCUUCUCCAACCAGUAAAAAUUAUGAAGUAACAUGCAAUAUAAAUAUAAUGUAAAUAUACAGAUAUAUAUUAAAGUUCAUUUAACAUUUUUGUACUUACAUUUGUGGAGUCUCAUAGAUUGACAUGUAUUCUACAAUGUUUAAAAUGGUAAACGUGUGUGUGUGUGUAUGUCUAAUAUAUAUAUAUAUAUAUAUAUAUAUAUAUAUAUAUAUGUUUGACUGCUGUUGUUUAAUAUUUAUAUGAAGUUUUAUUGUUCAAAAAAACGCUAAAUGUAGUGGACACUGGGGAUAUUUGUCACAAGAGGAAGUGUUCACCAGAGUAUCUCAGUUAUGAAGUUAAAAGGUGUUUUUUUUUUGACGUGUGGUUUAACUGUGAAGCUGAGUUGUGCUGUGAAAACAAGAGUAUUUUAAAUGUUGGUGUUUUUAUUUUUUAUUUAUUUUUAUUUUUUUAUGUCUAAUGUAUGUUUGCUACUAUAUGAAUUGUUUUGUUUUUAAAUAAGCAGAUAUAAUUCU